UUGACAUUGACAUUUUAAAUGGAAGUUAUUUUAAAAAAUAAAACAGAAAUACCAUUCUAAACGCCUCUAAGAUGAACACUACCAUACCUGCAGAAGAGCAAAUAAUAGAGCAGAAGCCAAUAUUUAAAGUUACACAAUUCCAAAUGAACAAGGCAGCCAAGAAGAAAAGUGUUUGGAAAGGACUGAAGCAGAUCAUAUCCUCAGAAAAAUCUCUACCUUGGCCUGCAGAAGCAGUGCUUUACAGCUCUAUAAAUGCACCGCCAUCCUUCAAACCACCAGAAAAGUUUUCAGACCUCUCUGGUCUGCCAGCACCAUAUACUGAUCCUCAGACUAGGUUGCGCUAUGCCAACAAAGAAGAGUAUGCUACCAUUAUAGACCUGCCUAUGGACAUCACAGCAGGGUAUUUGGCGCUAAGAGGAGCAACCAGCAUUGUUGGAUGAAGUAAGAUAACAUUGAUGUUAUGAAAAAAUUGAUUCGCUAAAUAUGUAUAAUAUUUGUACAGCAGAUUGUGAUCAGCCUCACAUUGGGGAAGAGAAAAAUUAUUUCAUACGACACGAUUUCAAAGUUUUUGUAUAAUUCUUCAACUUUUGAAAAUAUAAAUAUAUAUUUAUAAACAAGAUACAUUUAUCUACUCUAGAUGCCAACUACCAAAAUAAUAAAUAAUGUAUUUAAAUAGUUUUAUAAUUUUGUGUUGAGAAAGUAGAAAACAACAAAAAAAAAGCCUGAAAUUAUAUUAAACAGUUGUAUAUUGAAC